AGAAGUUGAUCGUUGAAAUGAUAAUUGAUACACCAGAAGUACAAGAUAUUGAUUCUUUUUCUAGAUUAGAGUUUUCAAAAGAGGUUUAUGGAAUUAUAUGGGUGCUUAUUCCUAUUUUGAUUCUUGAAUUGGGAAUCACAAUAGGCGUACUGGUAAUUGUAUGGUUAGAAAGAGAAAUAUCUGCAAGGGUACAACAACGUAUUGGACCUGAAUAUGCCGGCCCUUUGGGAAUUCUUCAAGCUCUAGCAGAUAGGGCAAAACUAGUUUUCAAAGAAAAUCUUCUUCCAUCUAGGGGGGACACCCGUUUAUUCAGUAUCGGGCCAUCCAUAGCAGUCAUAUCAAUUUUAGUAAGCUAUUCAGUAGCUCCUUUUGGCUAUCACCUUGUUUUAGCGGAUCUCAAUAUUGGCCUAAGUUAA